UCCCCUCCGGUGGCACGUGCUCCCCGCUUCUUCGCUGCUAGAGGCUGCGUUCCUGGAAGCACUUCUGGGUCGGGGGAGGGAAGAAUCAGGGCUCAGCCCUCGGAGAAGGGGCAGCCACUUUUGAAGUGACUUCACCGCGUGCGGUUGCGUGCCGGCGAGGUGGCCCCGGCACCUCCCGAGCCCGAGCGCGGACCGCACGUGGGCGCCGCGCUUCCCAGGUGGGCGCGGGUGGCAGCCCGGGCCGUGUCCCGCCCCCGGGAUGCUCGCCCUCCGCGCUGCGCUGGGACUGUGGCUCGUGGGGACGCUCGGGGCCUUCCCACAGGAUCGACCCCUCAAGGCCGACUGUGCUGGAGACCCCAACCGCUACUACAACGAGGCUGCCGGAGCGUGCUGCUACCGCUGCCCCCCAGGACAGUCUCCAGAGAAGCCGCAGCCAUGCCCGCAGGGUCCCUCUGACUGCGGGAAGCGCUGUGAGCCUGACUACUACCUGAGUACGUCCGGCCGCUGCACGGCCUGUGUGAGCUGCUUGGGAGACCUCGUGGAGAAGGCGCCUUGCUCCGGAACGUCCCCCCGCGUCUGCCAGUGCCGGCCAGGCUCGUUCUGCUCCACGUCAGCCACCAACUCCUGUGCCCGCUGCUCACUGCACACCGUCUGCCCAGUGGGGCAGGUGGUCCAGUCUCCAGGCAUCGACCAGACUCCAGGGCUGACCCGGCGUUGCUCCUCGGGUCCUCGUCGGAGCCCAUCCGCCUUCUCUUCCCACCUGUCUGUCCCCUUGUACGCGGCGCCCGGGCUUUUAGCUGUUCCUGGUGGAGAAGGACCGUCGCCAUGGCAGCCGUGUCCCCGGGGGUCUGCCAACUGCAGGAAGCAGUGUGAGCCCGACUACUACCUGGACAGGACUGGCCGCUGCAUGGCCUGUGUGAGCUGUUUGCAAGAGGACCUCGUGGAGAAGGCGCCUUGCUCCUGGAACUCCUCCCGUGUUUGCGAGUGCCGGCCAGGCCUGUUCUGCGCCGUGCCAGUCGCCAACUCCUGUGCCCGCUGCAUUCCCCGCCCUGUCUGCCCACCAGGGAUGGUCGUCCAGCCCCAGGUGAAGGCCCCUGCUCAGUCUUGGGCAAAGAAUAAAGGACAUCUCUGUUUUUCAGGACCCAUGCUCUUCUGGGUGAUCAUGGUGCUGGUUCUGGUGGUUGGUUCCACCUUCUUCCUCCUGUGUCACCAGAGGGCCUGCAGGAGGCGAUUUCGGCAGAAGCUCCACCUGUGCCACCCAGCCCAGCCCUUCCCGCCCAAGCUGGAGCCUGUGGAUUCCAGACCCAGGAGGAACCUGGCACAGCCCAGAAGUGCAUUGGAGACCGAGCCAAGCACAGAAGAGAAGAGCUCUGUGAGCCCCGCGGCUGCGGGGACCUGCGUCAGUGUGGGGGCAGCCUGCCCGGAGAGCCUGCCCCUGCUGGAUUCCAGCCCAGGCGGGGGCCCCCCAUCCCCCAGGGACCCCCCUGAGCCCCGAGUGUCCACAGAGCACACCAAUAACAAGAUCGAGAAGAUCUACAUCAUGAAGGCUGACACAGUGAUCGUGGGGACUGUGAAGACAGAGGCGUCUGAGGGCCGGGGCCCGGUGGGGCCCGUGGGGCCUGAGGCAGAGCCGGAGCCGGAGCUGGAGGUGGACCAUGUCCCGCAUUACCCAGAGCAGGAGACAGAGCCGCCCCUGGGCAGCUGCGGGGACGUCAUGUUCUCUGUGGAGGAAGAAGGCAAGGAGGACUUGGGGCCCACAGUGGCCUCUGGGAAGUGAGGCCCAACCUGGGCGGCGGGAGGGCAGCUGGCACCCCUUGGAGGCCAGCGGAGCAGAAGACCGUGUGGCUUGGACUGAGGUCCAGCGGCUAGUAGUGGACCAGGGAUGGGGCACCCGGCUCUGCUGCUGCCCAGAGCUCUGGUCUCAGCGGUGGCACCUGACACUUGCCACCAGGACCAGUGCCCAGCAUCGAGCUAGCACCCACUGAGGGAGUGAGCACGAGGCUGGUUCCCUGUGUCCCUCCCCUGUCCCUGGGCCUCAGAGCUGACACAUCAGGCCUGCUGGCACGCCCCAGCCCCCAGUUACUGUAAACAUGGCUCCCAGCGGGCGCGGUGCCAGCGCCUGUGGUUUUUUCUCCUGAGUCAGAAGGGAAGUCGAGGAGUGGGUGUUGGCGCUGGCACCCUGUGGGCGACAGCUGUGGCGCUGCACCUCGCCCCAGCCUCCCCAGGCUGCGGACCUCCCUGCGGCAGCCCUUUCCCUGCCCAGCCCCCACGGUGAGCCCAGGUCCAUCCACUCCUCCCAGAAAGUCCCCACUCAGCCCCGAGCAGGAGGCCUUUCAGGGCCCAGGUGUCUGCAGACCUCCGCGCCCUGCAGCGCCCACCCUGGCUGGAGACCCUGCCGCCGACUGCUGCUGGCGAAGGGCCUCGGCUCUGCCCCGGGACUCCUCCUGUGUGCAGCCUGCAGCCUGCGGGGGCCUCCGCUGUUCUGAGGCGCCUCCUGCUCUGUCCUGGGAGUGGAAAGCCACCUCCCGGGUUUGCCACCUCCCGGGUUUGCCACCUCCCAGAUUUGCCACCUCCCAGAUUUGCCAUGCUUGAGAAGCCACCAACACCCGCCCUGCGGCCCGUUCCCGCUGCUCUGCACCCACCAGGGUGUGGAUGCUGGAUGACCCUGGACUCAGGACGUUCGACCCCACUCUGCACCGAAGGCAGAAGGUGGCGGAAACCUCAGGGCUCUGUGUUCCACAGUAAGGACUAAAGCGCCCUGACAUCCUGCCUGUGGGCCAGCCCCUGGGCCUGCAGCCUCUUAGAACAAACAAGUGACCGCUGAAGCAUCUUACAGCCCGGACACCCCUGGACUUACCCCCAGGGGCCAGCCCCGGGAGCUGUUUACUCACCAGCCAGCCUCUCUGGAGGAAGUUGACCGCUCAGGAAUCACGAGGGUGGUUUCUGAAACCACUCAGAUGUUUUGGGGAAAGUUGGAGAGUCUGAGGCACCGUGAGAGGUGGUUAUGCCAGGACUGGGUGCUGGCCAGGAACUUGAGUGGGUCAGGCAGUAGUUGCCCAGUUGUCCUGUGCAAGGACAGAGUGGCACCCAGCGCCCCCCAGAGCUGCAGCCUUGAGGGUCGAGUGGACACCACCCUGAUCCUGCCGAGCAGAGCCGGCUGGCCACCUUGGCCCGAGAAUGUGGCCACACACUUUAACAGGAUAAGGCACUCUAUGGCCUGGUGGCUCUUGACAAAACGUUUAACCCUCUAAAAGUCUGUAGGAGAAAUGAAGAAUUGAUCUGGGCUUGGUGGUGUGCACGUGGAAUCCCAGCAGUUCCAGGGCUGAGGCAGGAGGAUCGAGAGUUCAAGGCCAGACUUGACCAUCUGAGCAAUGUAGUUAGACCCUGUCUCAGAAUACAAUAAAAAGGGCAGAGGAUGUAGCUCAGCAGUGGAGCGCCCCUGGGUUCAGUCCCAGGAAAACACACGCAGAAAAUAAAAAGAAAAAUUGUGAGACCGAGGAAUGACGGUGGAAAUGGAGUGUUUGACAGCCUCGGAGCAGGAAGGUCACAGGGCCUCUCGCCCAGGUCAGGGAUCCCUGUGCAUCCUGGACUCUUGCCGAGGACAGGCACAUCCUCACUUCUUUUUGCCCUCGGAGGCAGACUCGUCCUCCACGACACACACCCCGGAGCCAAAGCCUGCCCGGGAGGGUGCUCAGGAUGGAGCUGCUCUUUGCACAGGGCUGCCUGCGGGCGUUUGCGCAGGGGCCCUGGGCCUCUCCAGGCCUCCUUCCCUCUGGCUGGGAUGAGCCCUGCAGCUUGGGAAAGGAGGCUCUGGAGGUGGGAGAAGCCCUGGGCUCCUGGGACCCGCAGAGCCCCCAACCCUGCCCACCUGGGUGCAGCUCAGGGCCACUCUGGACCUCCUCCCACUGCACGCAGCCAGCCUGGAGUGUCCCCCUGAAUGUGGCUCUGUGUGGGAUGGAGGAGACCCACAGCCAUGGCAGGUGACCCUGCCCACCCCACCCCUAGGACUGCAGCCCCACCUCCAGCCCGAACCAGCUGCUGCCUGCCCUGUGGUCAGCUCAGGAGCCAGGGGCUCUCCAACUUGACAGAGACCAGGUGGGCUCCUUAACCUCUGGAUGUUCUGAUGUUCAAGAGGACAGAUGGACAAGGACCCUCAGGGCAGCAAUUCCCAGGCUGUUAAGAACCCUUCCCCGGGGCUGGGGCUGGCGCUGGCGCUGGCGCUCUGUGCUUGCCUAACAUGUUCGAUCCUCGGCACCACAUAAAACAAAUGAUGUCAUUAUGUGCAGGUUCCAGUGUGUAACAACACAUCCCACCUUGUGUACAAUUAAAAUGCACUAAUAAAAAACGUUUUUAA